AUAAGCCGUUUCGUGAAAUUAGCGGUAGACUGAAAAAUGAACACUGCGCUUGCAACAACCACCGCCACAACUCCCGCGCUUCGCCGCGAGACACCUCCUCUCCGUCAUUGUUCUCUCGCAAAACCGUCAGUUUUCCGAUUAAACAGAGUAGGAUUCAAAUCCGGCGUGCAAACCAUCGGGAAGUCAUUACUGAGGAUAUCCGCGAGCAAUCAGAGCGCUUCAGCGGCAGUUAACGUCGCGGCGGAUACUUCAAUUCCAAGCGAGAUGAAGGCUUGGGUGUACAGUGAAUACGGCGGAGUGGAUGUUCUGAAGGUAGAGAGCAACAUUGCUGUUCCGGUGGUUAACGAUGAUCAGGUAUUGAUCAAAGUUGUUGCGGCGGCUCUUAAUCCCGUCGACGCAAAGAGACGGCAAGGAAAGUUCAAAGCCACCGAUUCGCCUCUCCCGACGGUUCCUGGAUACGACGUCGCAGGAGUAGUGGUGAAGGUGGGAAGCGCGGUGAAAGACUUCAAACAAGGAGACGAAGUAUACGCAAACGUGAGCGAGAAAGCGUUGGAAGGACCGAAGCAAUCCGGCUCUCUGGCGGAGUACACGGCCGUGGAAGAGAAGCUUUUAGCCUUAAAGCCUAAAAACAUCGAUUUCGCUCAAGCCGCGGGGCUUCCGCUUGCUAUUGAAACCGCCGACGAAGGUCUCGUUAGGACGGAGUUCUCCGCCGGGAAAUCAAUUCUCGUUCUCAACGGCGCCGGAGGAGUAGGAAGCCUUGCGAUUCAGCUUGCGAAGCACGUCUACGGAGCUUCGAAGGUGGCUGCAACAGCGAGCACCGGGAAGCUAGAGCUGGUGAGAAGCUUAGGUGCUGAUUUAGCUAUUGAUUACACCAAGGAGAACAUUGAAGACUUGACUGAGAGAUUCGAUGUCGUCUUUGACGCCAUUGGGAUGUGUGAUAAGGCGGUGAAGGUGAUAAAGGAAGGAGGGAAAGUUGUGGCCUUGACCGGAGCCGUCACGCCUCCUGGUUUCAGAUUCGUUGUGACAUCUAACGGCGAUGUUCUGAAGAAACUGAAUCCAUACAUUGAGAGUGGGAAGGUGAAGCCUGUGGUUGAUCCCAAAGGACCUUUUCCAUUCUCACGUGUGGCUGAUGCUUUCUCAUACCUAGAAACGAACCAUGCCACAGGGAAGGUCGUUGUAUAUCCUAUCCCUUGAGUUGCUUAAGUGUAGCCUUAUUUAUAUGUUAAGCUAAUUAAACAAGCGUCAAAAGUCGUUGUAGAGGGUUUUGAGUUAUAAACUCAUAUGAAUAUGGAAACUAAAAUGCUAUUUAUAGCUUUUUCAUUA